AUGAUUCUCAUACUUGGCACUGUGGCAGUGAAAGCGCACGAAAAUUCUGAAUCACAUCUUCAGUAUGUAGUAGACCUGUAUAAUUUUGGAAAGCAACGAAUAGAUGAAGGAAUAGACAAAACUCUCAAAGUUAAUAACAAUUUGCAUAACCAAAAAGUUAAGAAAAAUCGUGAAGUAUUAAAACGACUCAUAUAUGUGACAUGUUUUCUUGCGAAACAAGAAUUACCCUUCCGAGGGCACAAUGAAAAAACUUCCUCUUUGAAUCAAGGAAAUUAUGUUGAAACGGUAAAUCUUUUAAAACUCUACGAUCCAGUUUUAGCAGAACAUUUUGAAAAUUCAACAGUUUUUAAAGGCACUUCAAAUGAUAUACAAAACGAACUAAUUAGUAUUAUUUGUGAAGAACUGAUAGAAACUAUUAAACGAGAAAUAGAAGAAGCAGAUUUUGUAGCUUUAAUGUUAGAUGGAGCGUCGGAUAUUAGAAGUAGGUCACAGCUUUCUACAGUUUUGAGAUAUGUUGUGAAGGGAGACAGCAGUGUUACAGAAAGGUUUAUCGGAUUUACCGACGUAAGUGCAGACCGCACAUCUAAUGGUUUACUCGAGCACGUACAGAAAAUC